AUGUCGGACCCCGAGGCGCACAUCAGGUCGCAUCUCUUGGCCUCCAAAUCCCUACCGGUCUCUCCUUCAUGGAUAGCCAAUUUUUUUGCAUCCAUUUCGCAAAACCAGCAACGAGCACCGCUCCCAGCUCUGACACAGACUGCCGUAUUCCGAAUUCUGGCGUCGAAUUUCACAGAAUCCUUGUCCACGUCAUCGCCCUCUACACUGCUUCCCAGAGACAUAUCUGAUCCAGCCGUGAAAGAACGGCGCAUCCCCGGACCAGUCCCGGUGCAGGUGCUUGACAUUGAAGAUAUUGGAAUCAGUUUAUGGGCUCAAGUGGAAAAGAUUGAGCAGGUGGAACGAGGCGAGACUAUUCGAGGAAGGGAAAUCGUGAGAAGUGUAAACGUCGAUGGCGGUGACAGCGAAAACAACGUAGACAACAACACUACCGCGUCGGGAAAUACAGUUGGCCAUGGGCCCCAUCGUCUGGUCCUACAAGACUCAGUAGGAAAUAAAGCCGUGGCAUUGGAACUCAAAGACAUCCCCGGAAUCGCUCUUGAUAAGAUCUCGAUUGGUGCAAAACUCGUCCUGAAGAAUACUGUUGUUGGGCGAGGGAUGAUCUUGCUCACCCCAGACACUGUGACUUUGCUGGGUGGGAAGAUUGAGGCUAUGGAUACUUUAUGGCGACAGAAAAGAAAGGAGCGACUACUGGAAAAAAUUCGAAACUUGGAAGAGGGACAUGUCAACAAUGGAGAUGCCAUGGAAGAAUAG